UGCAUUCUUCCGUGGGGCACCCCCCUGUAGAUUGUCGAAAGGGGGCUGAAGUGGGAGAAGUGGUAAGUAAACUGGGCCCUGCCAGGCCGAAAUUUGACAUCACGUCGACAAAAGUUACUAUGAACAGCAAGCUGGGGCCCGCUCACUAUCUCCCAUAUUAAUAUCGUGUACCUUAUCUACCUGUGUGGCUUGCCCAACGGCAUCUCUCCAUCUUUUCGUAUCUCGACGCCCAAGCCUUGUCCGACCGAGAGUUCGAGCAAUAGGCCCCCGGCUCACUAAGCCCAUCGUCGGGACGCCGCUAGCUCGCCUUCCCUCCCACUUGCUGCCCCGUUUGGUUCAUUGCGCCGCGCCAGAUAUUGACCGCCCAACUUCUCAAGCUGUUGCGAGACCCUUCGGCCUGGCCGGGUCUACGACCCAGUUAGUUAGCUAUGGCAAGCUCAUUCGAAAAGUCCGUCAAAGGCGCGACUAAAAUCAAGGCCGCGCCUCCCAAGACCAAAUACAUCGAACAUAUCCUCGUAGCGACUCAUGCGGGCGAGCACGGAGUGGGGGAGGUCUUUCGAGCACUGCAGCAUCGCUUGCGCGACUCAACAUGGACGGUCGUUUUCAAGAGCCUGAUCACGGUGCACUUGAUGAUCAGGGAGGGAUCCCCAGAUGUCACACUGGCAUAUCUCGCUAAGCAUAGGAAUAUGCUGGCUGUGAGUAUGUUCUCUGAUGCUCAAACCCAAGGCCGAAACAUCCGACAUUACUCCAAUUACCUCUCCGAACGAGCACGGGCAUACCGAGAGACGAAAUGUGACUGGGUAAGGGGGAAAGAGACACGUCUAGAGAGGCUAUCGGUGGAGAAGGGCUUGCUCCGCGAGACUGAGACGGUUCAGCACCAGCUUACGGCUCUGUUGAAAUGCGAUGUUAUGGAAACGGAGCCUGAGAACGAGAUCACAAUUACGGUCUUCAGGCUGUUAGUCUUAGACCUGCUAUCCCUGUUCCAGGUCUUGAAUCAGGCUAUGAUAAACCUUCUCGGCCACUUCUUCGAGAUGUCUAAGCCCGAUGCGGAGAGAGCUAUGGGCAUCUACCGCAGCUUCACUCGACAGACAGACUAUGUAGUGCAAUAUCUGACUGUUGCCAGACAGUACGAGCACCACACCAGGGUCGAGGUCCCGAAGCUCAAACACGCGCCAGUUAACUUGGGCCGGCAACUGGAGGAGUAUCUGAAAGACCCCGACUUCGAGAUACACCGACGGCAGUAUCUCGCGGAGCUCGACGCAAAGAACUCCAAGGGCGGCUCAGGGGGGACAUCAUCUAGGCUCUUCAAGAGCGAGCCUACUUUGAAGAGCAGCACAGCCAAGGCAUCGUCAGGGGCCAAUGGGUUUCAACAGGCAUCAAAACCGGCACCGCCGGCCAAGGGUCCUGACCCAGACCUCAUUGACUUCUUCGAUUCGAUCGAGCAGAACCAGACACCCAUGACCGUACAGCCGCAAGCUCAAGUUCCGGCACAAACCGGCAUGACUCCCUGGGGCAACAGCCCAUUUCAGAUGCAGCCAACUGGCUUAGUACAGCCUAAUGGGUUUGCUCCGCAACCGACUGGCUUCCCUAACAACAGUCCAUUUCAGCAACAGAACACGGGUGCAUUUGUCCAACAGCAACAAGCAAACCAGCAACUCCAACCCAACUUCACCGGUGCUGGAUUUGGGGGUUUCUCUUCGCAGCCAAGCUUCCAACCAAGCUCCCUUACUCCGAUCCCGCAAAACACCGUCGCGUCUUUCCAGACCGGCGCCCCUCAGAACUUGCAGCCUCUACAAACUGGCCAACAGACCACCAAUCCAUUCCGGCAGUCGAUGCUGCUGACCGGCCAGGCAAACUCACCUUUCUCAGCCACCUCACCGCAGCAACAACGGCCGUCAACAAGCCAAUCCACCAACCCUUUCGCCCGAUCAUCUCCACAGGCUGCACAGCCCUUCGCCGCUCCCGCUGCGGCUUCCAACUCUCCCUUCCAGACCCAGGCGCCCCAGCAACCGGCCCCGUUGCAAGCGAUGGCGACGGGCACGAACCCCUUCGCAAAGAACUUCGGCGCCCCGCAACAGCAGGCGCAGCAGGAGCAGCGGCCCGUGACGGCCGGGGCGCUGGCGCCGCAGCCGACGGGGAGCACGAACCCGUUCCGGCAGAGCGCGUUUGUGAACCACGCGACGGGUUUGGGUUGGCAACACGGGAACCAGCAGCCGAUCGGUGGCGGGCUGGAUCAGUUGGAGACGGUCCCUGUAUUUCCCCGCCCGUCGCAACAGACGCCGUGGCAACAGCAGUGAUAGUGAUACCCCCCUCCGCCUACCCCUAAAGAGAAACUUGAAUUUUUGGAUGGCUUCCCCCCUUUCUCCUCAUUUUCCCGACGAGACGUUCAUACCGUGAAACCUGGCUGUUGCACUCUUUUCGUUUGUCUCCUUUCUCCCUUAUCCAGCCUUUCUUAACGUUUCUUUGUACAUGCAUGAUUUAAGCGUGGCGUUAGCAGGCACUGCUUCUUCGGCGAAGAUUGCUAAUAGUCUAUUCCUGGAAGUCAGAAAGGGGCGGAGAUGAAGCGUAUACGGGUUUGGUCUCGGUGGCGGCAAGGCACGCGGUUCUGUAGAUAGAGACCCAGGGUAGACGAAGGACCAAGCAUAAAAUUUGAACAGAUUUUGAUGGUAUGAGAA